AGUCUGUGGAACUCUUGACAUGAGAACGCGUGGCGGCGGCUUUGCAUCCCUUCCUCUACUUUGUGUGCAGUGGCCAUGGCAGACGUUGAGAAGGGCAAGAAGAUCUUUGUUCUGAAGUGUUCGCAGUGCCACACAGUUGAGAAGGGAGGCAAGCACAAGACUGGCCGUAACCUGCAUGGUCUUUUUGGCCGAAAGACUGGUCAGGCCAAAGGUUUCUCUUACACAGAAGCCAACAAAAGCAAAGGUAUAACCUGGGGAGAAGAUACACUGAUGGUUUACUUGGAAAACCCCAAGAAGUGUAUUCCAGGAACCAAGAUGAUAUUUGCUGGCAUUAAGAAGAAGGGGGAGAGGGCAGAUUUAAUAGCAUUCCUUAAGGAGGCCACUUCUAACUAAUGGCUUCUGCUGCCUUAUUUAUUUCACCAUACAAAUGGAAAUGAUUCUCUGAUGAGAUUGGUUUUUAAACUUUCUAUUUUUACAUGCAUCAUAUUGUAGCAGCUUCAAAAAGCCUCCUCAUCAGCCAGAGAA